AUGUCCCCGAUUUUGGCUUUCUCCUGCCUGUCCUCCGACCAUCGAUGCAUCAGCGACCGGGUCUCUCUGCGUUGGGAUCGCCGCACUGCAUUGGCAGCCGGCCAAAUGGAACCAUCCUCACCCUCUGGGCUCGGACUGAACUAUAAGACCAGCUGUCUUGCAGUGAAGUCGUCUGAACCUUCAGAGGAAAACGAGACGUUCUUCUCUGAAUCUUCUCUGGGAUCCAAACCAGCAGCAGCAGCAGGUUCUUCUCCAGUUAUGGUCGUAAACAGCAGCGAUGAGGCGAUAUAUGAAAACUCACAGGAGCUGGAUGCAGCUCAAAAGAAGCCUAAAAGCAAUUACUGCUUCUACCUGUUACUGGUUGCCAUGGGGAUGAUCUCCGCCCUGCUGCUGGUCAGCAUCGCCAUUCUCGCCUGGCUCGGUGUUGAGAUGAUGAGCAACCAGAGGAUGCUCGGGGAUCAGGAGGUGGAAAUGGAGCGCCUGAAGGAAGAUAACCAGAAGCUGGUUAUUAAAAAGUGCGUCUCAGAGGUCCUGACUGAGCAGCUGAGCCGAGAGCGAGACGACCUGAAGGUGGCGCUGGAGAUCAUCCUGAUGAGCAACAUAAUCCCAUCUGAUCAGUUCUGCUCAGGCCAACGUGAGUCAUCUGUUUUAUUUAAGAAGGAAGGAGAAUCAGGGAUAAUAGAUAUAAUGAUGUUAUUUAUCCAUUCAUCAUCCAUCCACGCCGCCAUGCCGCCAUCUGUGACAGAAGCCUUAGAAGAGGCGAGAGCCUCAGGGAAGUCCUUAGCACUCAUCCUAUAA